AGAAACAAAGAUGGCGGCCGGUGUCAAGCGUCUGUAAACAAAAAGCAUCAACGACGCGUUUUCUUCGUGUUUUCAUUUAAAAACACGAAACAGAUCGAAACCGUCCGAAGUUGGGUUUAGCUUCAGUUCCGGUGCGGAGCCGUCGUCAUGGAAACAGAGGAACAGGCCAGGAACCGGUUCCAGUCGGAGCUGGAGUUUAUUCAGUGUUUGGCGAAUCCCAACUACCUGAACUUCUUGGCUCAGAGAGGUUUCCUGAGAGAGAGGCCGUUCAUCAACUACCUGAAGUACCUGCUCUACUGGAAGGAGCCCGAGUACGCCAAGUUCCUCAAGUACCCCCACUGCCUGCACAUGCUGGAGCUGCUGCAGUACGAGCACUUCCGGAAGGAGCUGGUCAACGCUCAAUGCGCCAAGUUCAUCGACGAGCAGCAGCUGCUGCACUGGCAGCACUACUCCAGGAAACGCACCCGUCUGCAGCAGGCGCUCGCCGAGCAGCAGCAGCAGCAGGCGCAGCAGCCGCCGCACGGGAACGCCGCCGCCAAGUGACGCAGGAGGAGGAGGAGGAGUCCAAGCUCAGCUGGUCCGGGAUCAUAUCGGACUUUUCUUUAUGUUUUUGAUAUAAAUGCUUCUGAGCCUGUGGAGUUGAACUGAGACGUUUUACAGUGUAAACAUGAAGCAGACGCUGAUCAGCUGACACACAAACUCACACACACACACACACACUCAAACACACACA